GAAAAUAGAGCAUCUUAUUAUGCCUGACAUUGCACGAAUGUCUUUGUCACGCAUGGAAAAGAAGUCAAUUCUCCUGAAUUAUAUGAUCGAUCAAUACUUUGGAGAUAUGGAUUUUCAGAAAUGUACAGAUGUUCUUCCAGAGUUAGCAAGGCGUUUUGAACCUUUAAUAACAGAUGAAGACUAUCCAUGGCUAGAUAAUUGGGUUCGCAGUAAUGGGGUUGACUUAUUUAACUACUUUAUAGAAUCUUACAAAUCCUCAGAAGAUAUACCAGAUGAAGUAAACCAGACUGUGAUCAGAAUUCUUAAUUUUUGUAUGGAGGAUGAGAGAGAAAUGAUUGAUUUAGAGGAUGGUUCAGAUACUGUUUGGGGAAUGAUAAUUCGCAAUGCCCCUUCAUUUGUGGGCAAGGUAGGGAGUAGAUAA